AUGAGUGCCGCGAAAUGCAAUGAAAUCGAUGUGGAAAGUGAUGCUCAAAAAGGCGCAAAAUGGAAUAUUAGCGGGACUUUAAAUGAUUCGACGGCCACCUCCGUAGAGGAACUGACACUUCACGCUUCGUUUCUUAAAUGUGCAGCUGUCUACCAUUUUCUUCUUUCAUUCAUUCUUUCUUUCUUUCUUUCUUUUCAUAUUGUUAGAAUUCAUUUUCUUUCUUUCUUUUUUUCUUUCUUUCUUUCUUUUUUCUUUCUUUCUUUCUUUUUAUAUUGUUCCAGAAUUCAUUUUCUUUCUUUCUUUCUUUCUUUCUUUCUUUCUUUCUUUCUUUUUAUAUUGUUCCAGAAUUCAUUUUCUUUCUUUCUUUCUUUCUUUCUUUCUUUCUUUCUUUCUUUCUUUCUAUAUUGUUCCAGAAUUCAUCUACUUUCUUUCCUUUUUCUUUCUUUCUUUCUUUCUUUCUUUCUUUCUUUCUUUUUAUAUUGUUCCAGAAUUCAUUUUCUUUCUUUCUUUCUUUCUUUCUUUCUUUCUUUCUUUCUUUCUAUAUUGUUCCAGAAUUCAUCUACUUUCUUUCCUUUUUCUUUCUUUCUUUCUUUCUUUCUUUCUUUCUUUCUUUCUUUCUUUCUUUCUUUUUAUAUUGUUCCAGAAUUCAUAUUCUUUCUUUCUUUCUUUCUUUCUUUCUUUCUUUCUUUCUUUCUUUCUUUUUCUAGAAUUCAUCUUCUUUCUUUCUUUCUUUAUUUCUUUCUUUCUUUCUUUCUUUCUUUCUUUCUUUCUUUCUUUCACAUGUGCUUUCUCUUCGUAUCUUUCAACUCCAUUUUGGCCAUUGCUCUAUGA